ACCCUGCCCGUGAGCAAUCUCCCAACUUAUCUCUGUUUGCUAUCUCUAUUCAGUGUAACAAAUAUGGCCGAAUUGUUGCUAGAUCCAAAUAUUCGAGGAUGGGUGUUUCUGCCAAUUGUUGUGAUCACAUUUUUCGUCGGAAUCGUUCGACAUUACAUUUCCAUAUUACUAGCGACGCAGAAAAAGGUUGAGCUCCAGCAAGUUCAGGACAGCCAGGUGAUGAUUCGUUCGAGACUUCUGAGAGAAAAUGGGCAAUAUCUCCAUGAGGCUGGAUUCGUCAUGAGACGUCAGUUUUUCAAUAACGAAGAAACUGGGUACUUUGUCACGCAGAAGAGAGCGGCGGUCUCGCAGAAUCCUAUGACGGAUCCCAGCAUGAUGACCGAUAUGCUGAAGGGGAAUGUAACUAAUGUUCUGCCUAUGGUUCUCAUUGGAGGAUGGAUUAACUGGAUGUUCUCUGGAUUUGUCACGACCAAGGUCCCAUUUCCUUUGACGUUACGCUUCAAGCCUAUGUUACAAAGAGGCAUCGAGUUGAGUACUUUGGAUGCUGCGUGGGUCUCUUCUGCAUCUUGGUACUUUCUUAACGUAUUUGGGUUGAGAUCGAUCUACACCCUCGUCCUUGGAGAGAACAAUGCUGCCGAUACGUCUCGUCUUCUCCAAGAUCAAGUGUCCGGAGCAGCCAUGUCGAUGCCCCCAGACCCAAAAGCUGCAUUUAAGUCCGAGUGGGAAGCGUUGGAGAUCUACGAGCACAACUGGGUUCUCUCUAAUGUAGAGAACGAACUCAUCAAACAUACCGUCGACUCGGAGAAAACCAUUUACCAUCAAAGCAAAACAAAUUAAUUUAUAAUACCCUGUAUGUAUAGGAAAAUAAAUCUUUUAAUUUAAAAUCUAAUUAUAAGGUUAAGGAAAUGAAGUGUGAAGAUAGCAAUACUUUAAAACUGGCUCGGUCAGAAUUGCCAGUCAAAUUUUUAUCGUGUCAUAAAUAUUCAACCGCUUGUCUCAGUUUAUACUCCGAGAUGACUUUGAUUAUAGAUCAACAGUUUUCAAAAUUCCGCAAAAAUUAGUCGCUUAACAUUAUCAUUCAAAAGUCUGUCAAGUUUAACAAAUCAAACUUCAAAACCAUUCUUCCGAUAA